UUUUUGGGCAGAGUCCCUACUACACAAUGUCCCGGCCCCUCCUGGAAAGUCACACGGGAGCUGAGGGGGAAAGACCCAGGUGUCACCCCGGGGGCAUGGCAGGCAAGCCGCUAGCACUGUUCCAGGAGGCUCUGGCCCAGUUCAACCAGGCGGUAGCGUCAGAGAACCCGGAGGCUGCACGCCUGAGGGCGGGCUUGCUGUCCACCCGCCGCAGCUCUCACUCAGUGGACAACCCGCCCAGGCCCCUGAUGCGGCUGAAGAGCAUAGAGGAGGGGAAGCCGCCCUCCCUGCACUCGCGGAGGAGCUCCGUCAUGAGCAUCGCCAACGCCCCCUUCACCAGCCGAAGAAACUCUGUCUCCAUGGCAAUGGGAGGGAGGCGCCUCUCCAUCGGCCCCUGGAUGCACAGCGGGCGGGUGAGCUUCUCGGGGCUCCCCCUCUUCCAGCCCAUCCGGGAGACGCAGUAUGAGAACACCUACAAGACCCGGCCAGACGAAGGCUGUAAGUUUGACCCCUGCCGGGCCCAGCGGGCUCUGGAGUCCACCCUCACCAGUUACCUGGGGGAUGCCAAGUACAACCCGGUGACGAGCGGGCAGCUGGCCCAGAGCCUGUCUGAGCUCAUCCGCAGCCGCCUAAAGGACCUCACCCCGCCCCGCUACAAGCUGGUCUGUAACGUCUUCCUGGGCCAGCAGGGCCAGCAGAGCCUGCAGGUGGCCAGCCGCUGCCUCUGGGACACGGAGAACGACAGCAUGGCCUCCGCCACCUUCGUCAACGCCUCCCUCUUUGCCGUGGCCACGGUGCACGGGCUGUACUUCGAGUAGUGCCUGGGCCAGCUCCUGCCAGGAUCCGAGUGCCACACUCCGCCGCCAACGGCACGGCAGGAGAGACCCAGCCAGAAAUAAAGAGAA